AUGACGUAUCCGCGCAACACGGAGCAAGUACUGCUUUGCCAGUGGGCCUCUCUCCACCCUCUUCCACCAAACCCACUGCAAUCACUGUGCCGCCCCGAGAAAAGUCCUGCGACAAGUCUAGACGAGCAUCAUUUUUACGUCCACUUCCCGAAAUUGGCACGCAAGCCUGCUGUAGACGGCUGCUGGUGCGCCUGA